UUCUUUGUUUCUCAUUCGUCUGUUUUGCUUCUUUGUACCACGUUUCGGCUAGGCAAAUAUAGUCUAUUUAGUAGAUUAGUUCUGAGAAUUUUUAUUGUUAGGACUUAGUAGUAGAAUACUAAUAUAAAAUUAGUAUAAUUCAGCUUUUCUUAUUAAUAGAACUUUUUCUUUAAUUUUUCUUUUUCAAACCAAAGUAACGAAUAAUUCCACUUUGUAAAAAUGAUGGAUACAACUUACUUGAGAGGUGAUACUGUCGUACAAUGUCCGUAUGAUAGCAAUCAUAAAGUAACAAGAUCCAGACUUCAAAUGCAUCUUGUUAAAUGUGAAAAGAACUUUCCAGAAGACUUUAGACGCAUUUGUCCUUACAAUGCCACUCAUCGUUUGCCGAAAGCGGAAAUGCUGGCACAUGUCAACGAUUGUCCUGCUCGACAAUUUGCGCAACCCGAAUUGUAUCACACAUAUCGUAAUUUUGGCUCUAUCAAAUCCUUACCCCCAUCUGAAAUAGACAUCGAUGAAUGUUGGGAAGAAGAUGACCGAACAAUUUCCGAAGUUGAAUCGAACGCCUGUUUUAAUAAUUCUACUUCAUUUGUCAGCAAAUAUGAAAGAUUUGAUGAUCUACCUUUGAGAGGACCUAAGGGACAAGCUGAAGUAGACAUGCUGGAUUCCUCAAUAGGAAGUUCAGCGCUCGAUGAGAUGGGUUCUGUUAUUAGUGCCGAUGGAAUGGGACGCGGUUCAGCCAAAUUUAAUAGAGAAAAGUUUCUUCAACAAAUUGGCCGUGGCAGAGGAAAGCCAAUUCAGUUUUAAUUCAGAUUAAAACAAAACGAAAAGAGAAAAAAAAAUUGAAAAUUAGAUUUAAAAAAAAUUAUAUACUGAGACAUAUUUUUCUGAAUUAUUAUUUUGUUGUUAAUAUACAUUAAAUGUAUAUGAGUAUAAAAAAAUUUAUAUUUUUGAUAGUUACGUAAGUUUUUUCUUUGACUUAAAAAAAUUUUUUAUUUCUUUGAUCCUCAAAAGAGUUUAACAACAAGAAAUGUUAGUUUUCUACUUUUUCUACGACAUGUAUUUGUAGACAAAUAAAUUUAAAAUUCAUUA